AUGUAUUAAGAUAAAGCAAUAUUAUUAACAGAACUACAACAGUUGAAGUAGAGAAAUCUAAAAUUGGAAUUUGAGCUUAAGGAACUAUUCCAAUCAUAUAAUACUAUGAGAUCCAAAUCCUCGAGAGAUAACAUUCAUUAACUGGAAGAAGAAUUAGAUGAUUUAAAGUAAAUAAUUUUGAAUAGAAAAUGUAGAAUUUAACAUUAAAACAUGAAAGAUGGUUUUGAUUAUAAGUUAGAAUUAUUGCGUAUUCGUUUAGAAAAGGUUAAUUAGGAGAAUAACUAAUUGAAAUUAGAAAACUCACAAUUAAUUUAACAGUAAAAUGAUCAAAUUUAAUAAACUCAAUCAAUGAUUUAGAUGGCAAAAUAGAGUAAAGCCUUAUAAAUUUCAUAAAUUGACAAUUUCAAGAAUUAAGUUCAUAAAAUAAAAACUGUUGUUGAAUAAAAAAUAGUUAAGAAAUCUAAUAAACCAUUAAUGAAUGUUAAAAAAUGA